AUGUGGAUGCAAAACGCAGUCGAGAGCUCGAGUUUCUCCAGCGCUCGCCACUUCCACGACCGCAACCGCGCGAACGCUCCGUCUGCCAAUGGGAGCCGCGCGUACAAUGGAAGCGCCAGCACCGGCAGCCGCACGGACCCCGGUGACUGGAAACACAAGAUCCUGGAGCGCGGCCAGUGGCUUGGCGGGAAAGUGAUCGAAUAUGGCGGGAAACUCACGCGCGGACCUGUGUCGGACCAUUCGGUUAUUUCCGAUCCCUACGCGCAGCACACGCCAAGGAACGAUGGGCGGGCGAACUGGAUGGCGGAUAUCCGGAGUUCGUCCACGUCUAUGUACACCACAAAUGGCGGUGCGGCGGCGUCUGCUAGUGGUGGAGGCUUGGCGGGUUACACUGGAGGGUAUCAGAAUGACUUUGUGACCGAGAGACCGAAGGUGUAUGCGGAGUAUAGCAGGGGGUACACGAGUACCCCCUUGCCAGCCAACAACGACGGGUGUCACUUGAGUGGGAAGUCUUUCGAUGGUUAUGGCCAAUCGAGUCGGUAUACAAAGAAGGAGAGCAAAGGAAGGAGGAAGAGUAAGAAGAAGACUAGAGCGAAGAGGGAGGAGAAGAAGCAGGAGAGUGAUAGUACAAGUGAGCGGGAGGAAGAGCGAGACGCGCUGUCGUGUGCCGAGUCGUCAGCGACUGAGGCGGUGGACGCGCGUCGACGUUCGAGGGAAGGGGAGACGAAAACAAAGAAAAAGACAAAGAAGUCCAAGACACGUGGGGGGUUUUACUCGGAGGAGAGUGAAAGUGAAGGUGGUUGCAGCACGGACAAUGCGUCGGCGGACUCUUCGCUCUCGUGUGACUCGGCAAAGCUGCCGUCUCUGUCUUCUGCGAACCAAGAGAAGGUGACAAAGAAAAAGGCAAAGGCCAAGAAGAACAAGAACGACAAAGGCGGCAACAAGUCGCACACGCGGCGCCAGUCGAUUGCAUCUUCAGAGGAUGAAGCUGCUUCUCGUAGGACGAGUACGCGCAAGGCAAAAGCACGUGCUAAGAAGAAGGCGGUUGCAGCUGGUAGCAGUGUAAGUGUGGACUUGCUUGGCGUGGACUUGGACGUCCCGCAAAUGGCGCAGCCGGCCACAUCUGGAUGUUCUGGACGAGAAGUGCAGUCUUCGGUCUUCGAUGGACCGCUAUGCCAAAACCCAUUGCAAGAACUUGCAGGGCUGAGCUUUUCAGCCUCUGUUCAAGAUGCCGCUCUGUUGCAGUCGUCUGUCGAAUCACGUGACACUGCGCCUACAGCUACUUAUCCUGGCGACCAGUUACAGUCUGAUUCGCGAGGUGAUGCGUUCCAAACGACCAUGCUACCAGAAAACAAUAUCAUUGACUUUAGCGCUCUAGCGAGUGAAAAGAAGAAGGCGUUGUCUGCGAACCCGAAAGAGAAGCGGUCGUUAAACGACAUGCAGAAGGCUCGUGGUCCCGAUCAGCCGACGCCUGUGAUGGCCAUGCCGUUGCAAGGACAGCAGCAGCGGAAUGUGUCUAGCAGCAUGACCCAGCUUAAUAUGAAGCAGCUCCAGACCAUUGAUGGGGCCACGGGCAUGCCGAACCAAGUGUAUACGAAUAUGCAGAUGCAUCAGAUGCCCAUUCAGGCACAACUGCAUCAGAUGCCGAUGCAGCUGCAGACACAUUCUCCAAUGAUGCCGAUGCAGCCUCAGACGAUGAUGAUACAGCCUCCGAUGAGUAUGGUGACGCAGCACCAGAUGAUGGGCGUGCCGAUAGGACGGCAGCAGCAGCAGUUCGCUCGAGGCGGUGCAGGUAUGGCUCAGCCGCCGAAUGUUACCACCUCGAAUGGGUUCGCGUAA